GGGUCAGUACGAUGACAUGAGACCCUUCAUUGAGAAGCAGAGAAAUAGAGAGUACAAUAGUCUCAAGGACAAGAUUGGCCCUAGCCCACGCAGGCUUGCUAAAACUCCAAUGGAAACAGCUACGUCUCUAAAUGUUGGCCAAUAUGAAACGAUGAAACCAAAAUUUGAGGCUCAGCGCAACCAAGAGUAUCAGGAAUAUCUGAAGACGCUUCCCCCUGUUAAGAAAACAGGAGUGAUUCCACGUUCCACGGCUGUCACUCUACCCGUGGGUCAAUAUGAACAAGUGAAGAACCUUAUUGAAAAACAAAGGAAUCAGGAAUAUAACGAACUCGUGCAUAAUGGAAAAAUUGGGAAGGUACGAAUGCAUAAUGGUUCUUAAUAAGAGCCCUGUAAACCUUUGCAUCAUUGUUUCUCAAGCCAUUUUGUGAUGUCAUCGUCAUGGUCAUCUGACAAUUGUGUGUUUUUUGUUUGUUGCUGCAGCUUUGUCUUGUUUUAGUUGUUUGCCUUUGUUGAUGUCUGAUUUAAUUCUGUAACUUGUCAAUAAAGUUGUACCCCUUUUGUUUUGUGUACCUGCUUCUUAUGAACUUACUUCAUUGAUGUUCUAGUUCAGCUGUGAUCUCUAUUCAAGUUAGAAUCUAUUUAUAUUGCUACUUGUUAAACAAACAUUCACAUUAUCAUUCAUAAGAGCAUUGUAUCGUGAAAUUGAUUUGAACUCAAUACCUGUACAUAAAUCAUAUUAUC